AUAACAUCACUUCACAGGUAGCAAAAAAUUCAGACUUUAACAUGGUAUAAUUUCUCAUUACUGGAACUUCAAACGAGCGAAUGAAAGGAUGGCGUAACUAACAAUGGCUUAUAGUAAAAUAUUUAGUUGUACGAAAACGGCCUUAGUAACAUGUAUACAUUGUGUACUGUUGUGUACGGAAUGCUGCCCAAAUAAAGCUUAAUUGUAGUAUUCCGGGAACUUACGUAAGAUCUUAAUUUAGGUUUUGACUCACUGCCAUGGAAUCUUAAAAGCCUACUAUAGAUCUAGCAGUUUUGAUUUAAUAUUUUUUUGAAGCGAUCUGCCUACUCAAAAUGACGGAGUAAACCCUGUACAUGUACUGGUAGGCAUGGAUGAUUAUGAAUCGGAGUCUGAAGACAGUAUUAGCGGUUCCUCUCAGCAGGCUGACAACCGAUCAAACUCCACCUCACCCGUCCCACCAUGUGGGGUGCAACCUCUUUCAUCUCUAGCUGCCCAAGUCACUGGGGAACAUUAUUCUUGCCAGUUUCUGGAAAAUCAUUAUCCUCCUUUAGAAGAAACAAUGAUUAAAAAAGUUGCCUUUUGGGCAUUUCCCCAGAGUGAGAGUCGGGUGGAGAUCUAUGGCAAACUAAUGGAUUACAAAAAGAAUGGUUGGAGGGACGGGGAAACUCUGAUAGAGGAAAACCGAAUCAUGGAAAUCACACAAGUUGGGUUUAUGGUGUCAGCUAUUUUAUCCAAGACAAGCAACUCUGCUAAGGUGGAGGGUGCCAAAGUCACGCUGUCAUUUGAGAAACAAAAGGUGACCUUGACGACCUGUAGCCUCUGCCCUCAGGAUAUCUGGUGUCAACACAUUGUGGCUGUGGCAAUAUACAGGAUACGCAACGCUGACAAGAUCGCAGUACAUGCACCUGUCGCAGAGGUACUGGGCACUCUCAACAGAGACCAGAUGCAGAAGUUACUGCAGUAUACCAUCAGUGAGGACCCAGGUGGGGUAACUUGUCGUGUCUUCAAACACAUAGACUCAAUCAGGGACUCUAGAUCAGAGGUCAACAAAACUCAGCUUGCACCUGAUCCAACAUUUGGUGUCUGCCCUGACCAGAAGUCCUGUAUCGAUUUGUCACUAGCACAGCUCAACCAGGACUUCAGAGAUGAUGUACAGAGAGUCAGCAUACGGUACCCUGACACAUUAAACUUAGAAAUGAAAGCAGAUUCUAUGAUCUACCGCUAUUUCGUCAAGAAGGUGUCAAAGCUUGUAAACAGUGAUGAGGUCAGCUCUGCAGGAAGGGUGUUGAUCAAUAUGGCCAACACAACACUGAACGAAAUCAGCACCCAGAGACCUUCAGCGUGUUUGAACAGACUGUUCCAUGACAUAGAGCGGCUCUUUACCUGUUUUAUCCCCAGUUUUAAAGGGCAGAUCAGGGAGGAACUGAUCCAAACUGCCAUUGAUAUUAACAGCAUCACUCAGAACAUAGACAAUCCUGAUAGGUUUAUAACUGCCUCCGAGUGGUCGGAUUUAGAUUCCAUCCCACUGGAAAACUACAUAUCAAGUUCUUCCAUGAAUUGUGAUGACAGCAGUUCUCAGGGCGUCUUUGGGGCUUCAAGACGGGCACCUUUCUACCAGCCCUUGUGUGCCAGUCUUUUACCCGAUCCUCCUGAUUCACUGGAUGAACUGCUGUGUGGGAGACAGAAACCUCUUACCACAUCUUAUGAGGAACAGCUUCCUGUGAUGUUGUUGAGGUUUGAGACAUUGAUGCAUUUCGGAAUGAUGAAAAUAGACAAAAAACUGUACAAUUUAGGGGUGGUCAUAUUGAGGAAACUGUUGAGAUUGUCAAUAAAGUACUCCGUCAUUGGUUGUAACAAGGUCCUGGACAGUGAAGCCUCAUCCUUAGAAAGUGAUGAAUCAGAGAAUGACUGUGUUUCCAGUGCAGUGCCCAUGAAGCGAUCACGUAAACAGAAAAACAGACCAAAGAAGAAACCCUGCUCUGUGCCUCGACUAGAAACCAUAGAGGUCGAUAUGGAGGGCAUGUCUAAGGCCCAGAUUUCCUAUGGUCUACUGUACGUCUGCUACACACUCUACAAGAUAGAAGACCUAGUCAGUUUAGGGCUUGAGGGAUUUCCAGUAAUCUUGGAGGCUACUCUCCGUGCCAUGGAGCUUGGCAGGUUCAGAGCAAUUGCCCCAGAAGACACAAUUGGGCAGGUUGGGGAAAGAGCAAUUGGCCCAAAAUCAUUUUAG